CAACCCUGAAAAUAACUAAACCCUGCGAAUCUUUACCCCGAAUUCAAACCCGACCCGACCGUCUGUCCAACCGCAUAACAGACUCGCCUGUAGUCGAACCCGCCAAAACAAUGGCGGGAGUGUGCUGCUCUCUGAGACUACAGAUUCCUCUGCUCUCACUCCCCACGACAAACCAUGGAAUCCGGUGCUGCGCAAAAGCACCCGAUAACAAUCCCAAGAGAGAAGAAACUCCCCAGAUAUUGAAACUCGCAGUGACCGGAGUCACCGAGUUCCUCAGGCUUCUAUCUCCGUUCAACACAACAACAACAACCAGAUUGGAUAAAGCGACUGAUAAACGAAGGGAUGAGUUUCCGGAUGUGGGAAUAGAUGAUGUUUUGAUGAUUCUCGAAGCGGAUUACAAGAAUGCGUAUUUUGUGACAGUGAUAGUUUCCAUUGGAAUAGGCAUUUUCACCUCCGCAAUCUAUGCUGAAGACUGUAUCUUUGAAGAUCCAACUAUUAGAUUUCAAGGUACGGAGUUGUAUGCUCGCAACUUGAAAUUGCUUGUUCCUUUCUUUGACUCUCCAUCAAUUGGAUUGGAAAAGAUCAAGAAGGGUAUUGAUUCUGAAGCAAACUUUGUUCUAGCAACAUGGAAACUAAGGACCUACCUGAAGCUCCCAUGGAGGCCUUUGAUUUCUAUUGAUGGAAGUACAGUCUAUGACUUGGAUGAUAAGUUUAAAAUUGUAAGGCAUGCUGAGAGUUGGAAUGUUUCUGCAAUUGAGGCAGUUGGCCAGAUAUUCAGACCUUCUGGAAGGUCCGAUGACUGAAUGUGUUAAGUCUUAGAAAUCAGAACGAGCUUCAGGUAUUGCCAUUACUUUUCUUCAUUCUCAAUGGGCCAUACACCAAUAUUAUAUGACAUCCUACAUCUCAGAAAAAUGUUACAGUCCGCUACUCCGGUUAGUGUUGCUUUCUACCAAAUCUUACUUUAAGAGGGUGCAUGUUGUUUCUGGUUUUUCUUUGACUUGUUUUCAGCUACCAUUUUGUUCUAUGUAGAGGGCUUCAGAUAUAGAAGUUUAUAGCUGAAUAUUUGUUUGGUGAAUCUCUGUAUCUGUAUUUUAGGUUAGCAACUUGUCUCUAGCUAAUUUGAGACCGUCACUUGUUAAUAUGUACUGGUUUGGUGCUAUUCAAAGAGUCUUGGAUGGACCAAGGUCCACCUGCACCAAGAGUUAAUUCUGCGUACCGUUCAUGCCCAUUGUACUGUUCACGCUCCGAAUUACACUGUGGUCCACGUGCACCUUGGUCCAUACUAGAAUUUUCGCUAUUCUAUUCCCUAUUUGGUAUCGUCAAUCAGGCCAGACAAUGUGCUCUUAGAAACCCGGCAAAAUUUCCCUCAAACCUUUUGCCUCUAGUUACUGUAGACAGUAUGCAGUCCAAAAUUUAUGAUCUAGAUCAUAAAAUUUACACAGAAAAGUUGCUGCAUAUUAAUUUGUUUUCCAAGAGAAACUAAGAAAAAAAAAUCAACUUUUUAGGAGCUAUGAUUAUUACAACUGGGGAGAACUAAGAAGCAUAUGUCUGCAAUGAUGAUAGGGAACACAGUCAUGAAGAGACUAUAGACCUAAACUAUAGGGACAGUAAAGUAGUAAUGAAAGCUCCUCAUGGUUUACUGCAGAAAGUCCAGGCUUUUCCAUUAAAGGGAAAUAAAAAAGGCUAAUGGAUCUUCAAAAGAUAUAUGUGCACCACAGCUGAGUUGGUUCAGUGCUCUAGUAGAGAAUCCAAAGAUGCAAAUGUGUAUGUGCUUAUGUUUAUGAUAGUUCUGAGUUCCUUUGGUUUGAG